GGCGGGCCGCACGGCGCUCUGCUUCGACGAGACCGCUGGCCUGGGCGCCAUGGCUGCCGCGGAGGCGGCUGCCGCGCCUACGAAGGCGGCGCUGGAUCGUAGCAGGCUCUCCCCGAAGGAAGAAGGGGAACUGGAAGACGGCGAAAUAAGCGACGAUGACAACUGCUUUAGGCCCUACGGCUAUGAGCCCGGCGGCGGCCUCGUCAGCAGCAGGCCCUACUCGAGGCGCAGGCCGCCUCCCGGCCUCCGCGGGGGCAUGUCCCUCUCUUCCUCCUCCGGGCGCCCCUUCCCCCGCUCGCGGCACCAGCCCCCGCCGGAGAUGGGACACCCGCACGGCCACGGCGGGUAUCGGCCCAAGGACUCGUUCCGCUCCCAUCCGCCGCCCAUGCCGGCGUCGCGGAUGCCGUCGGGAUCGCAUUCCGACACGGGCCCCCGGCUCUCCUUCUGGGAGCGCAGCCACAAUGCCCUGGACCGAUUCCGCUUCCGAGGCCGGCCCUACAGGGGCGGAGGUCGUUGGGGUAGGAGCCGAGGCGGCGGCGAUCGGGGCGGCAACCCUCCGGGGAGGCCGCCCGUAGGGGGAGGCGGUGCCGGGUUCGGUAGCGGCCAGGGCUGGAGGGAGCCCUCACCGCGAAAAUCCAAAAUUUUUGGAAGGUCCCCCUCUAGAAAGAAUUACUCUUCUAAAAGUGAAAACUCUGUGGAAGAAAGUUUUGAGGAUCUGCUGUUGAAGUAUAAGCAGAUACAAUUAGAACUUGAGCACAUUAAUAAGGAUGAAAAACUGGCUUUGAGCAGCAAGGAAGAAAAUGAACAAGAUGCUGAUAAAACAGUGAGCACUGAGGACCAAGUACCUGUAGAUAAUAACAGUAUUACAACAGAUGCUGCAAAAGAAGUACCUCCUGAGGAGAAACCUCCAGUUAUAGCCUUUCAGGCAUUUGAACUGAAACCUCUCAGACAAAAACUGCCUACUCCAGCAGAGAGGAGCAGGUUAAAAAAAGGCAAAGAAGGAACGAAGCAGUCAUCACAAAAACCUGAAGUCACAGAAUCUGGCCAAGAAGGUACAGAAGACAAAACAUCUGAAACAUCAGUUCGAAAGUCUAGCAGUUCAGAUGUUACUUCUGAAAAGAAGCUGCAUGAUGAUGAGGAUGAGAUGUCUGAAUUGCAACUUAGGCUUCUUGCACUUCAGUCUGCUAGUAAAAAAUGGCAGCAGAAAGAGCAACAGGUGUUGAAGGAAAGCAAAGAAAAAUUAACGAAGCCAAAAAGUGUAACACAGAAAGUCAAAGCCAGUACAAAAGCACAUUCAACAAAAAAACCUAGUGUUACAGCCAAGCAAACUUUGAGGAGACAGCAGACAAAGACAUCAAAGAAGCUGCAGCAGCAAAAGGAACAAGACAGGCGUCAGAAAGAGGAAGACCAGAGAAAACAAGAGGAGGAGGAGGAGAGAAGAAAGAGAGAAGAAGAAAUCAGGAAAAUUAGGGACCUCUCAAAUCAUGAGGAGCAGUACAAUCGAUUUAUGAAGCUAAUUGGAGGAAAGAGGAGAUCAAGAAGCAGGUCCUCAGAUACAGACUUGAGACGAUCGGUGGAUAAGCAGUCUACAGAGAGUGCAGGAGGCAUAUAUCAGUAUGAUAAUUAUGAUGAAGUUGCUAUGGAUACAGAUAGUGAAACUAACUCUCCAGCUUCUUCUCCAGCACAGCCUCCUUUCUUCGAGUGUCCAGUAGGAUAUUUUCCACCUCCAGUACCACCAAUUUCCUUGCCACUGCCACCUCCAAUUCCACAGCCUGUACCAUCUUUGAGCCAGCUUUACGCCGAGGGUAUUUCUUGUGUUUCUCUUGAGCCACCUCCACCUCUUCCCCCACUUCCCCCUGAAGAGCCUGAGCAGCCACCAAAACCUCCAUUUGCUGAUGAGGAAGAGGAAGAGGAGAUGCUCUUAAGAGAAGAAUUGCUCAAGUCUUUAGCCAACAAACGAGCUUUCAGAUCUGAGGAAACGUCAAGUAACAGUGGUCCAUCGUCCCCUCCUGUUCCAGAUAACUUGCAGCCUGUGCCAAGAAGCAAUCUGACCGCUGUCAGUAUUAAUACUGUGUCUCAGCCACGGGUACAAAAUACAAAGCUUGUUAGAGUACCGAGGCUUCCACGAGCAGUGAUCACUCUUCCAAAACACAAGUCUGUUGUGGUUACAUUAAAUGACUCAGAUGAUAGCGAGUCUGAUGGAGAGCCAUCUAACUCAACUAGCAGUGUGUUUGGAGGACUAGAAUCUAUGAUAAAAGAAGCAAGAAGAAAUGUUGAGGCAUCAAAAAUCAAAGCCCCUCCAAAAUCAGAAAAAGAAAAUGAUCCAAUGAGAACUCCAGAGGCUCUACCAGAAGAUAAGAAGAUAGAAUACAGGCUCUUGAAAGAAGAGAUUGCCAGUCGUGAAAAGCAACGCUUAAUUAAGUCUGAUCCACUGAAAAACAGCUUGCCCCCUCCAAAUUCUGAUGGUGAAGUUGAUGCAAUUGGGAGAAUAGCAGUAGUGACGAAACAGGUAACAGAAGCAGAAGCAAAGCUUAAGAAAAACAGACUUCUGUUGAUGAAGGAUGAAUCUGUCUUGAAACAUUUAUUGCAACAAGAGGCCAAGAAGAGGGAGAAUGUUCGAAUUGCUGAAAAUAAAAUUAACAAACUGGCCGAACAGCUACAAGCAACAGAGAAGAUCUUGAAUGUGAAUAAGAUGUUCCUCAAGAAGCUUCAGGAACAAAUUCAUAAAGUUCAACAACGAGUUACAGUAAAGAAAGCUCUGGCAUUAAAAUAUGGGGAAGAACUUGCUCGAGCAAAAGCAGUAGCAAGUAAGGAAAUGGGGAAGCGAAAACUGGAGCAAGAUCACCUUGCACCAAACAAAAUGUUGAAACUGGAGAACUCCCCUGCAUCAAGCCCAAAAAAGCAUUCAGCAGAAUUGAUUGCACUAGAGAAAAAAAGACUACAGCAACUAGAGCAGGAGUAUGCUCUAAAGAUUCAGAAAUUGAAAGAGGCCCGUGCACUUCAAACCAAGGAACAAUCAAAUACUGUGCCUCAUGCAGAAGAGGAAUCUGAAUUUGCAUUACCUCAGCCAUCACUUCAUGAUCUCACGCAGGAUAAAUUGUCUUUGGACAGUGAAGAAAACUACUUCGAUGAUGAAGUUCUGUAUAAUUCCAACAGAGAACGAAGGAGAUCCUUCAAAGAAUCCAAUUCUUUCACUAAACCAAAUCUUAAACACAUGGACACUCCAAAGCAAGAAACUAUAAACAAACUUUCUAAAAAGGCAUCGGAGGAGCCUGAGCUAUUCCUUGGGUUGAAUAUUGAUGAACUCAAAAAACUUUAUGCUAAAGCUGACAGCUUGAAAGAGCUUCUAGAGAAAAGUACUGCCUCUGUAGUACCUAAGGAAAAUCUAUUGUGUGGUCAGGAAAUUUCAGUGGACAUGGAUGUUGAUACAUCAGAAAGCAAAGAGACUGAAUCAAAACCGUAUCCAUUUGAACCAUAUCAUAGUCCUCUUCUAGUAUUUAAAUCCUACAGGUUUAGUCCAUAUUUUCGAACUAAGGAAAAACUGUUCCUCAGUUCAUUAACAUAUAGCAAUAUGAUUGAGCCAAAACAGUGUUUCUGCCGGUUUGAUUUAACAGGCACAUGUAAUGAUGAUGACUGCCGGUGGCAGCACAUGAAAGAUUGCACUCUUAACCGUAAGCAGCUGUUUCAGGAUAUUCUGUCUUACAAUUUAGAACUGAUUGGCUGUUCAGAAAAAAGCACUGAUGAGGAAAUCAGCGCUGCCACAGAAAAAUACGUUGAAAAACUUUUUGGUGUAAACAGAGACCGUAUGUCAGUGGAUCAGAUGGCUGUUCUUCUGGCCAGCAACAUCAAUGAGAGUAAAAAUCAUGUACCUCCAUUUACAACAUGGAAGGAAAAAAGGAAAUGGAGACCCAGGUAUUGGAGAAAACCUUUGGUAGACAGUAGCAGCGGUGAUGAGGAACAGUUCACUGGACCUACUAAAUACGCCCAGCCCACAGAAAAUAAAAAAGUUCCAGAUCUUGAUACUGUGGUGACUCCAGAUGAUGUCCGGUAUUUUACAAGUGAGACUGAUGAGAUUUCCAACCUGGAGGCAAGUGUCCAAGAAAACCCCAGUGAUGUACAGCUUUGGAUUAAGCUUGCGUACAAAUACUUGAAUCAAAAUGAGGGCUCAUCAUCGGAGUGUUUAGAUUCUGCUUUAAAUGUUUUGGCUCGAGCCCUUGAGAACAACAAAGAAAAUGCUGAAAUUUGGUGUCAUUACCUCAAACUCUUCUCAAAAAGAGGAACCAAGGAGGAGGUACAGGAAAUGUGUGAAACAGCAGUGGGAUAUGCUCCGUCUUAUCAACUCUGGUGGACAUUUUUGAGUUUGGAAAAUUCCUUUGAUGGAAAAGACUACGUAUGUGGGAGGAUGCUACAGUUCCUAAUGGAAGUGACAGGAGGAGAAGAAAGUAGAAAUCUUGUGUCCUUUCAGCUGCUGGAGACUCUCUUGUACAGGGUUCACUUAAGCCUAUUUACAGGAAGACAUCAGAAUGCUCUUGCUCUGCUGCAGAAUGCUUUAAAAUCAGCAAAUGAAAAGAUAAUAUCAGAACAUCUUACUGUAAGUGACCGUUGCUUGGCUUGGCUGGCUUACAUACAUGUAACUGAAUUUGGCAUUCUUCCAGUCAAGUUCUAUGAUCCAGCUAAUGUCAGUCCUUCAAGGAUCAUGCAAAAAGAGCCCUUUUUAAUACCGUGGGAAACAGUUCAAGAUGUGAAAACUGAUCCUGAUACACUGUUAGCUAUGUUUGAAGAUGCGGUCAAAGCAUGUACUGAUGAAAGAAUUGAGGCUGAUGAGAGAAUACCUAUCUGCUUUCCUCUCUACAGAAACAUGCUAGCUUUGCUGAAACUUCUGGAAAGGUGGGAGUCUGCUGCACAACUUUGUAGAUCCUUAUUGGAGAUCUGCCCUAAUAACUGUCAGCUCUUGGGGAGUUUGGCCACCUUGUAUUUGCAGAUGGAGCAGAGUGACAAUGCCUACAAUGUUUGGUUUGGAGCUUUUGAGAGGAAUCCGCAGAAUGCAGAAAUAUUUUAUCAGUUGUGUAAAUUCCUUGUUUCACAGGAAAGAUCAAGCAAUGUUCUUCCACUGUUGCAAGAUUUUCUGGAAGCUUUCGUUGAGAAUACAUGCCAGCAGCAUGGUCCCAUGGAUCUCUUAAGAUAUCUCUUGAACUUUCCAAUGCCAAUUGAGUUUACAUCACCUGUCUAUAAAGAAGAUCUUACAGAUGACGUUGUGAACCAGCAAAUCCCGUAUUUAUGGCAGAUCUACUGUUUGUGCCAGUCUCUUCACGCGAGUUUUGGUGAAGCACUGGAUGCGUAUGAAGCAGCUCUGGGGGCAGUGAUGCAGCAGGAAACUGUUCAGAACAUCUGGCUGGAUUACCUUGUUUUUGUCAAUAGCAAAGUUGUUGGAUCCAACAACCAAGUUCAAGAAUUCAAGCUUUUUACUGACCUAGUGAACAGAUGUCUGGUUACAGUCCCCACACGAUACCCAAUUCCUUUUAGUACUGCUGAUUAUUGGACCAAUUAUGAGUUUCAUAAUAAGGUAAUUCUUUUUUAUUUGAGCUGCAUUCCAAAAUCUGAACAUUCCAAAACCUUGGAACGGUUUUGUUCUACCAUGCCUGCUAAUCCUGGACUUGCACUGAGAAUGCUUCUGCAAUACUGGGAGGAGAGCAAUGUUCAAAUUCUGAAACUGCAAGCCAAGAUGUUUACAUAUAAUAUCCCAACAUGCCUGGCCAUCUGGAAAAUAGCCAUUGCUGCGGAAUGCUUUCUAAUGGGACAAAGAGAAGUCCAUCAUUUAUAUCAGAGAGCCCUUCAGAAGUUACCUCUAUGUGCAACACUGUGGAAAGAUCAACUCUUGUUUGAAGCGUCAGAAGGAGGUAAAACUGAUAACCUGAGAAAACUAGUUUCCAAGUGCCAAGAGGUUGGAGUCAGCCUAGAUGAGCUUUUAAAUUUAAACACUUGCAGAACAGAAAGCAAGAAUACCUGAACACUGUGUACGGUCAGCCAUAAGUCCUAUUAAAUGCCAAAAUCAGUUGAAUGAUUCUCCAGGCUGAUCCAGGCCUAAGAUCUGUGUUAAGGCAGAUGAGUAUUGCUGAGCAUAUCAAGUCUCCAGUCUGCUUUCCUUGAACCUGGAAACAAUUAACGUGACCCUCCUCUGGAACAAUGAACUCCCUGUCUGGCCUUGCUUCUGGGCCCUGCCAGAUUCUCAUAACGUCAUUUACGUAAGUAUAGUUACUCAAAAUGACAGACAUUAUUUUUUAUGUUUUUAUUUUCUCUCUUUUUUUUUGUUUUGCUGUUCCUGAUUCACUUGACACUCUCACUGAUGCCUGAGAGAUCCGUGUUUGGGAUUAAUUUACUUGGCUGUGUUUACAGUAAAAAGCAAGUAGUCCAUCGUGGGGUUUUUGCUUUUUUUAAAACCUUUUUUGAGACUUUUUCAUUACAGGAUUUAAAACAAAAGCAGCCGCUCUUAAGGAAAGUGUAACUGCCGUGGCCACAAGUAUGCUUCUUGCACUUGAAGGCUCUAAGACGGUUGCUUACUGCCCUUUUCUGCAUUGGACUCACGGCAGAGACUAUUAGACUUGAAGAUUAAAGAAACUAUUGCAAAUGCCAGUGCAUCAGAACCUAAGAGUGGUCAAUUAUGUGCAAUUUUUUGUAAAGAAAUUUUAAUUUAUAAUAAAGUUUAACAGUUUAAAGAAAA